CAACAGUCAAAAAUUUCUUGACAAACCAACCAAAUAAACAACCUUUAGCAAUCUUGUACAUGUUAAUCCCAUGAAAAUGAAGUCUCAUGGUCUUCUAAAGUUCCAAAAUUAGACGAAUUUUCGAUAUAAUCAAGAAAUUUGGGAUUUGGGUUUCUGUAAAGAGGAAGAAAUAAACUUGUGGUGGGUUUGAUUCUAAUAGUAACGAAACCAGGGUUUCCGAAAUGGAUGAUGAUGGUGAUGAAGGAAACAAGGGUUUUGAGCGUUUGGGGCAUUUGGGUUCUGGUUCUGGACAUAUACGGCCGCUCCUGCUCUGGAAGAAAUUUCUGGCUCCAUCCCUGAGAUUGAUCUAUGUAAGUAGAAUAUUGGAGUUAGAAAUGUCAUUAUUUGGUUCAUAUUUAAUUGUUGAGAAACAUAAUUUAUUUUCUUGAUGAAACAUUAGUUGACGUUUAUAUGAUUUAAUAUGCUAAUCCCAGCUGUAAACAUGCACUAAACAUGUUAACCAUUAAAGUUUAUAUUCACAUUCACAUUAGUUGUUGACAUGAAAUUAACAAAUUUAACAUACUAGCAGCUUUGCUAAUUGCAGUUUCUCUUGUUCAUUAUCAAUUAUUGUCUUGAAAACCUAAAAAUUAACCAAAACCGAGUGUAGAUCCAUCAAUCGCUAGAUUACUCAUCAUCAUGGAUAGUCAUGCUAGCACAUCUGAAGGUGACGACCGUGAACGCCACCGAUUGGAUGAAACAGUGAUGCUUUUUGGUAAGCUUAUUGUUGAAUCUCAAGAGGCGAUGAUCAAUAGGAUGGAAGUGAUAAACAGUGCAAGUAUUGAAGCGACUAAUGCUGGUAUUGAAGCGAUGCUUUGUAGGAUUGAAGCAAUAAGCAGUGCGAGUAAUAAAGAGACUAAUGCUGGUAUUGAAGCGAUGUUAUGUAGGAUUGAAGCAAGUAUUGAGGCGAUGACCUGUAAACAUGUGGAGUCUCAAGCAUAUGAUCAACAUCAUAAAGUCGCAACAAUUGAUGCUGAUAUUGAAGCUCAAAAUGUUCCAGGUGUAGUCAACUCUGGUAACCGAAGUCCUAGUAUUUUGCUUUUUGGUGAUCAUGGAAAUUGCGAUGACGGACAAGUAGGAUUAGAUAAAGAGGAAUUUGAUCUUAGUAAAUACCCCUCAACCUACCAGGAAAUGUUGGAAUUAGUUCAAUGUGGAGAGCGGAAAAUUCAGGGUUUGGAUACAACUGCAGAUACGAUUACCUCCAUGAACCAGCAGAAGGUACUAUCAACUUACAUGGAAAAGAUGGAAUUCGUUCUACGUGGACAGCGGAAAAUUCAGGGUUUGGAUACAACCGUAGAUACAAUUACUCCCAUGGAACUGCAAAAGGUUGAAUCUGGAUGAACUGAGUAACAAGUUUUAUUCGACGCUGACGGAUUCUCGUGGCUUGGGCUUCGGUGCAACUGGUAGAACUAUCCCCAUGAACAAUAAGGAGGUUGAAUCUGGUGAUGAAUAUGGUGAAAAGUGGUGGGAAAGCUACAUGGCAGGAGAAAAUCCGGAUAUGAUAAAUUUACCAAUUCCAACAUUUGCAGAAAACAAUCUGGGUCGUAAAAAAAUUGCCCAGGCAGCAGAGGUUGAAUCUGUUCUCAUUUUACAGGUAGUGAAUCUGGUGAUGGUGAUCAAGACUGUUGGGAUGAAAUCGUUCAGAUUACUGAUCAAGUUUUGGAAGCUAAUCCAAAUACUAGCUAUAUAGAAAUCUCUCUGGAUUAUCCAUUUGCCCAAGCAGCAGAGGAUGGUGAUAGGGAUAAGAUCAAAGAGCUUUAUAAGAUUUAUCCGGAUUUGGUUGAUAGAGUGAUCAACAUUAAUUCAGAAACAGCAUUACUUUUAGCUGCACGUAAUGAGCGAUGGAUGCUUGUGGAGGAGAUUGUGGAACUCAUGUCACCAGAAGCACUAGAGUUACAAGAUAAAAGCUUUGGUAAUACCGGACUUCAUUAUGCUGCUGCGUAUGGGAAGGUUAAAGCUGUUAAGUUGAUGGCAAAGAAAUGCCCAAAGUUGGCACAGACACGAAAUUUUCCGAAGGAAGGGUACCACUCGAAUUGGCUGUUUACGCACUCACAGUUGGGCAAUUGGAGACAGUUGCAUAUCUCUACUCUGUAACUCCAAACGAGCACCCAAGUCCAUUCUCAGGCCCGGAGGGUGCUGGUCUAUUGUGCACUUCAAUUCAAGCCAAUAUGUACGAGAUGGCCUUAUCUCUAGUAAAACGGUUUCCAAAUUUGGUUACUAUGCCGUACUUGAAACCUAAGCGGCUUAGAAGUGGAAUAUACGGAUUAGAAAUGAUGAUUGAGAGACCUUUCACAUUUCUAAGUGGAGCUCACCUAACAUGGUGGGAAAGGUGCAUCUAUUCAUUAAUUGAAGUGGACAUGGCAUCUCUUUUUGAUGAAAUGUCAUUUGAGGAUCUCAACCAAGCAGGAAAAAUCUCUUGGAAAGUCAGCAUAGGAGAUGAAGAGAACCCUAAGGAGAGUCAGCUGCCUCUCUAACUAGUGCCAAACACACAAAUGGCACGUUUAUUUUAAUGCACCUGAUGCCCUACUUAACAAGAGUGCCUUGUAUCAAACGACUAUGCAACAAAAAGUUGACGCAUAGACGCGCAUUUGCAUUGAAUAACCUUAUGCUAGCACAACUUAAUACAAUUAAGAACAAGGAUCAAAUUCUCGCUUUUUUCUUUUGCACUUCAAGUGUCAUGAAAACAGCUAUAAAGUACGUACUACAGAGUUUGUAGCGGAGUGUCUUAAAAAAUUUCCUGAGGUAAUGUGGAUUGAGAUAAAAGAAGAGAGAAUGAUAAACAUGGUUAUUGGAGAGCGAAAUGAAAAGAUUGUAAAUCUCAUGUGUAAAAAGACUAGUGAGAAGAAUAAUCUACUUACUAGGACAGAUGAAAACAAUAGCAGUAUCUUGCAUCACGUGGCCAAAUUAGCACCUUCUUCUCAACUAAAUCGGAUAUCUGGUGCAGUUCUUCAGAUGCAACGAGAAUUGCAGUGGUUCAAGGGAAUUGAAAAUAUGUUACCAGAGGAAUAUAAGUUCAUGAGAAAUAAUAGUGGGGAUACGGCUCAAAUGAUAUUCACAGAAGAACAUAAGAAGCUAGUGGAAAAAGGAGAAAAAUGGCUAAAAGAAACAUCAGGUUCGUGUAUGGUAGUCGCUGCCCUCAUUGCUACUGUUGCAUUUGCAGCUGCGUUCACUGUUCCUGGUGGUAGUAUUAGCGAUAGUGAUAGUAAUAACAAUGGCAUCCCUAUUUUUCUGGAAAAGAACUCAUUUGCACUCUUUAUCGUAGCAGACGCGUUAGCUCUAUUCUACUCAAUCACAUCAGUUCUCAUGUUCUUAGCCAUACUAGCUUCUCGCUAUGCAGAAGAGGAUUUUCUAAAAUCAUUGCCCCAGAAACUGAUAAUUGGUCUUGCAACUCUGUUCUUGUCUAUGGCCACCAUAUUGAUAGCCUUUGGUGCAGCACUGUCUAUUGUGGUUGGGAACAGGUUCCCAUGGGCUCCAAUUCCUAUAACGAUUCUUAGUUAUAUUCCGGUGAUCUUGUUUAUAUGGUUGAUGUUUCCAUUGUUUGUUGAAAUGGUUUGGUCUACUUAUAAGCCUCGCAUGUUUCCAGGACUUAGCCAACACGCUAUUUUGCAAGAUAAGAAUAAGAAAGAGAAUUGAACAAAGAAGAAACAUGUAUAAAGCUGUUUCUCUUGAGCUAAAUACAUUGAUGUCGCGGUAUCUAAGUUAACUGGCGAUGUGUAUUGGAGAAAAUUAUAUGUAUCAUUUGUACGUUUUGCUGUGCAGCUGUUAUCUAUUUGUCUUUGUUUUCGGUUGUCGAUAUAUUUUGAGAAAGUUGUGUUUUGGUUGGGUGAUUGAUGCAGGGAAAAUUUGUUCCUUUUA